UCCCGGGCCUGGGAGCUGGCAGUCGCUCGCAUGGCUGCGCUAAGGGGUUUACUGUCGGGGCUUCCGGGACUUUUAGGGUUUAGGACACCGCUCUGGGGUGAGUCUCCCAGGGCAGGACUGUUUGUUGUGGCCUGCGUUUCGCAGGGUCCUGCGGCGAGAGGGGAGCAGAUCGGGCACCAAGGCCAGGCGGCGGGUCUUCCUGGAGUCGCGGGGAAGGAGACCCUCGGCGUCCCGACCGGUCCCGAUGCCUCGGGCUGGGGCUGCGAGGAAUCUGACCCUAGACCGAGGAGCUGCCCUGUGAUCUCCGCCUCCGGCUGGAGGAAGCAGGACAACUUAGAAAAAGUAAGGGGUCGAGGAGGGCAGGCAAGUUAAUGCGCCUGAUUGGAGGAGAAAUCUGUUCAGGAGCAAAGGAGGCGGUGGCGAAGAUUUGUAUAAAUAACGUAAUCGGCCGGCGAAGUCUUAACUCCCUGCUUUCCGGAACAUCGGAGGGAGGUGCCCUGAAGAUGACGCAGUUAUUUGUAUUUGCUUGAGUACUGUGCCGUAAUUAUUUACCAUGUGUGGGAAAAGGAUGAGUGAUAUUCCACCCAGAAUGGAAGUAUGUCCCUAUUGUAAGAAGUCAUUUAAAAGAUUAAAAUCCCACUUGCCAUACUGUAAGAUGAUAGGACCAAACAUACCUGCUGAUCAUAAAGUUUUUCAGUCCAAGCCAGCCACACUCCCUCGUGCUAAAAAAAUUAAGGGACCAAUCAAAGACUUAAUUAAAGCUAAAGAGAGAGAUUCACAGAGAAAAAGUGAGGGAAGAAAUACUAAUUUAGUAAGGAACAAACCAGAAGGAACAAUUAAGUCCUUUCCGUUACUAGCUGUUGGUUUGGAAAGAGCAAGUAAUCCAAAGGCAGAUAAAGACAUUAAGAAUCAAGGUCAACUCUCUCUCAAAAUAUUAAAAAACACUGAACCAAAGCUUACUUUCCAGGGUGAGACAAAACCUCAGUUUAAUGCAUCAGGAAACACCUCUCCUAAAAGAGAACUUGCCAAAGAUGUGCCUAAGUCAGGGGAAAGUAGAAGUAAUUUCUCAGAAUCUGGAGCAGCUUUACUGGUUGGCUCAAUGGAACCUUCUUCUUCAAAUCAAGAUAGAAAAUAUUCUCCAGACUUACCUACUGACAUACAAACUACCUCUGCUAAUCUGACAUUGGACAAAGUUGAUCUACUACAGCAGGAGCUUCAGGUAAAAUUAUCAGAUGUGCCUAUUAGUGAUUAUCAUGGUCCUCCUGUGAAUCUCAGUGAUGAGGUUGAAACAGUAAGAACAUCAUUGUCAAGCAGUGAAAGAGCCUCCAAAGCCAGGGAUCACCUCUCAGAAGUUCCCACUGAUGUAAGAAACUCUGAGACUCAGAAAAAUAACACCAAGUCACACAUUUUAGGCCAGAGAGUAAGCCUAUUAGGUAAAAUCCAAGAUGAGGAGAACCAGGACUUCACAUAUGACAUCAAGGAAAAAGGACUGAACCUUGGAGUAGAGGCAUGUGGGAACCAAAGAAACGCAGAGAAAAGUGUGUCUGUGAUAGAAAUGCAGGAGUGGACUUCUGUAAGUAAUGAUUCUAAAAGCUUCAAUAGUCAUGAUUCAGGCAGAGAGAAGAAAUCUCAAGAUGAAGAUCCAAGUUUCAGUUUGUUCGCUCCAAGAGAGACAACUUGCAAUGAGUUCCUUUCUGUAUCACAGUCAAGUAAUCAAAGUCUUGCCUCUCUGGCUAUAAAAUUUCUGCAAGAGGAGAAAGGAGAAGCCUGCAACCAAACUCAAGUCACUGAUGUAAAGGCAUUCCUGGAGAGCAAGGAACAGACUUCUCUAGAGCCCAGAUCUGGCUGUCAGUCCCAGGCAUUACAUAUUGGAUGCCAGCCAUCUUUAAGUUCAACCCAACAUCACACUUCUAAAAACCCCUUCACCAAUCAUGUUGAUGCUGCUGACAGAAUGACCCAGCCCAGCUCCAUGGGGCUGGAGUGGUUUCCGGAACUCUAUCCUAAUUAUCUGGGACUAGGGGUGUUGCCAGGGAAACUUCAUUAUUGGGAUGCAAUUGCCCAGAAACCUCAGCUCAUCAGUCCCCAGGGGGGAAGACUUUUACAAGUUCCUUUGUUGGAAAGAAGUGCAACGGAUAUAAGGAUUUUGGAAUCCCCAACCAGGCUGACAACCUCCAACUUCUCUCUAAUGAGGCUCCUGGGAGCUGUACAGAAAGGGUGGACCGUGUGCAACAGCACCCUCAAGAGGAGUGGCAUUGUUGGCAUCACAAUGCUUUUUACAAGCUACUUCACCCUUUGUUGUUACUGGAGUUUCAGGCACCUGAAGCUACAGCGUUGGCGCAAGUGACAUUGAUCUGGACACCGCUUAAGAAAGCUUUGAAACUCCACGAAGAAGACGGUGGAGAUGAUCGCAGUACAUAUUUAAUAAUUUAUAAUUGUAUUUGGGACGGGGAGAGGAACUAAACAUAAUAAAAUUAUUGGAAUCUAAAUUAUAUGAAAAUAAAUUUUAUGUGGACAGAU